GCGGCGCGGCGGCGGACCGCAGUCACGUCUGCAGAGUGGUGGGUCAGUAGCCAGCAAAUUACUUUAUCAUCUAGAUUAUCCAUUCAAUUGAUCAUAAUUAGCAAGGAUAACAAGGUAACACAAGGCUUACUUAUAUUCACCCAACAAAAGUGUCUCUGUGGAGCCACUUCCCAGUGAACUACAUACUGAGAUAGGGGUUCCUGGAUGAGAAGGACCAGGGACAGAACCGAGAAGGGUUUAGGGGCAGGUUAUGCGAGACGGAAAUGGCGCAGAUAACGGAGGGAAGGAUUUGAGGGGCUCAAACAUAGGUGUCUGUGUUUCGCAAAAGUUGGAGACAUUCUAGGCUGCCUCUCGUUGCCUCCAUCUCGCUCUGCGCGGGUUUUGAAGGACAUUAGCAUUCUUUCUUGUAUCUCCGUUGAUUCCAGAAUCUUCCGCACUUCAGUCCCCUGCAGGGUGACCAUGUCGAGACCUCGGAAGAGGCUGGCUGGGACUUCUGGUUCAGACAAGGGACUAUCAGGAAAACGCACCAAAACUGAGAACUCAGGUGAGGCAUUAGCUAAAGUGGAGGACUCCAACCCUCAGAAGACUUCAGCCACUAAAACCUGUUCAAAGAAUCUAAGCAGCCACUGGCUGAUGAAGUCAGAGCCAGAGAGCCGGCUGGAGAAAGGUGUAGAUGUGAAGUUCAGCAUUGAGGAUCUCAAAGCACAGCCCAAACAGACAACAUGCUGGGAUGGUGUUCGGAACUACCAGGCUCGGAACUUCCUUAGAGCCAUGAAGCUGGGAGAAGAAGCCUUCUUCUACCAUAGCAACUGCAAAGAGCCAGGCAUUGCAGGACUCAUGAAGAUCGUGAAAGAGGCUUACCCAGACCACACACAGUUUGAGAAAAACAAUCCCCAUUAUGACCCAUCUAGCAAAGAGGACAACCCUAAGUGGUCCAUGGUGGAUGUACAGUUUGUUCGCAUGAUGAAGCGUUUCAUUCCCCUGGCCGAGCUCAAAUCCUAUCAUCAAGCUCACAAAGCUACUGGUGGCCCCUUAAAAAAUAUGGUUCUCUUCACUCGCCAGAGAUUAUCAGUCCAGCCCCUGACCCAAGGUAAGAGUGGGCCCUGCCCUUUAUUAAAGCCCAUAUACCAGAAUGACCUCAUGAAUUCCCACUUACUAGCUGAUUAAACUUGGGCAUGGUAGUUCACCUUUCUCAGUCAGCAUCCUCACCUGUAACAUCCAUGAGGGAGGGAAUGUGGCCUGAGUUACCUGUUACUAUUACCCAGUACUCUACAGUGCUUGGCACCUGGUAAGUAGUUUUGAACGAAUGACUGCUCGCCUUAGUACCAUGUAAAAUGUACCUGUGCCUGGCACAACUUUCCUGUUCAAGAGGAGACUUUAAGACCUCAUUCUUUUUCCCUUUUUUUUGUAGAAGAGUUUGAUUUUGUUUUGGGCCUGGAGGAAAAGGAACCAAGUUAACUGAGAUACUGCUGCUGGAAUGGGCAAGACAUUGCUGCAAAGAAGUCAAGUGUUUUUCAGACAAAAGAAGGUGUGAGGGGGCUUGCUUGGUAAGCUCACCUGGGCUUGUGUACCUCAGUGGUUUUUGUGUACUUUUUUCAAUAAAAUAUCAAAGUUGAAGAA